AUUGUAAACUCUACCUUGUAGUCAAUUGGAAAUCUCGUCAUAUAUUGUUUUUAAUUCAUUACAUAUUAUAUUGUAAUAAAAAUAACUUCAGAUAUCUUAAAAUAUGUGUAACUAAUUGUAUUUAUUAAACAGUUAUUUAUGAAAGUCAGUCUUUUAUAUUUUUUUGCUGUGUUUAGUGGCAGCUUUAUAAUUCGAGUGAUCGUCACCAUGGAGAGUGCUAGCUGUAGGAAUUUAUAUUGUAAAUUCAAUAAAAUCGCCUUAACUUUGUGAAAUUGUAUUUUAUCAUGUGCAUUGUAAUUAGAAAGGUUGAUUUAUUAUCGGAGAAGAUGAUAUUGCGUCUAAUUAUUAUUAUUCGUUAAAAAGCAAAGAAAUUACUUCGUUUUCUAACAUUUUGUAUUAUCAAUUUUACAGAAUGAAUGGGGGAAUGGAGCAUAGAACUCCAGGUCAUAAUGCAGUGCUUCACAAGGCACCGAAAAAUUAUAAAUUACUUAUGGACCCAUGUCUUGUAAAGGGGGCAACAAAAUUGUACAGAUAUGAUGGUUGUGUGCCUGGAGAUGCAUCUUAUCCUCCAGUUCAGUGCAGAGACCCUAGGUCGCAACUAUCAAGGAUAUGGAAUAAGUUAGAACCAGCAGAUUUGCCAGUCCCUAGAUUUAGGAUAGACAAAAACUAUGUAGGAGUUCCUCCACAAAUAGAAAUUACAAUUGGAAAUUUGAAUGACAACAUAGAUAAAGCAUUUUUGGCAGAAAUGAUGAAUAAAGUCGGACCACAUGAAGAGUUGACAAUAUUUUACCAUCCAGUUACUCAUAGACAUCUGGGAUUUGCAAGAAUAGUAUUUCAAGAUGUAAAGUACUCAAAGAUAUGCAUAGAAAAAUAUAAUGGGAAGUCAGUUAUGGGUCAGGUAUGUUUAAUUUUAUGUGUGUAUAUUCAAGGAUUCUGUGUGAACAUUCUAUAAAAAAACACAUAAUAUACUUAUUUCACAGUUUCAGUUUUACUUGCCUAAUUUUUUUUUUCAUUUUAAUGUCAAUUUUAUUUGGCAGUGGUAGUGCAAUUUCAUAUGCAUAAACUGUAAGCAAUUUAAUUCCACUAAUAUUUACAAACAAAACUAUUGUGGUUUGAACUUCAUCCUGAAAAAGUCCACUGCACUAGACUGUCUACAUUUCCCGUAAAGUUUGCUUUCAUUGUUAAGCUGAGGAAGUGUAUUUACAAUUGUGUUACUUUCCAGACAUCUGGACCAUUGACGCUGCUGUUCAUUGCUAGUGUAGUUGUGUAUACUACAUAUUGGGCAUACUAGUGUGCCCUAAAAAGAUGGUUGUACUGCAAUCUAUUUAAAGCCAUAAUAUGUUUUAGCUUAUCCCAUAAUUUAUUAUCACCUCUUACAAUACUCGCAGCACAAAAUUGGGUUAAGGAUUAUACAUUACAUAUAAGAAGUAAUUUCUUAUAAUUCUUAAAUAACAAAUGUAAAGGAAUGAAAUUGUCUUAAAUAAUGAAAAAAAAAAUUGUUUCAAAAUUAAGUACCUCUAUAACAAAUACAUGAAAUAGAAGUAGCUUUAACUUAAAAUAUGAUAUUUUAACAACAAUGGCUCUGCUGAACGAAAACAUAAGUACUUAUUAAGGAUUAAUAUGUUAUAUUAUUCGUGAAAGUGUGAGAGUAAUAUCGAAAGAAGAGUGAAUGCAGGAAACAUGGUGAAUGGAGCUUUGCACUCCUUUAUGAGCAGUCGGAAGGUGUCUAACAAGGCUCGUUUGGCUGUGCAUGAGGAGGGGGUGUUGGUUCCGACACUCAUGUACGGAAGUGAAACUUGGGUAUGGCAGAAGAAACAUGAAAGCAGAAUAAAUGCAGUUGAGAUGAGAGCAUUAAGAAAUAUGAUAGGAGUUAAACUGAGUGACAGGAUAAGAAAUAGUGAGAUAAGGAAACGUUGUGGUCUGAAAGAAGAUGUAGUGACAAAAAUUGAGAAAGGUAUGCUGAGAUGGUUUGGCCAUGUCGAGAGAAUGAAUGAAGAACGAUUGACGAAAAAAGUGUAUAAGGCGAGUGUGAAUGAAAGUGUUGGAAGGGGUAGACCUAGGCGGACAUUUCUAGACCAAAUCAGGGACGUCUUGAAAAAAGACCAGGUCAAGAGUACCCUAAACCAUAGAGCAUGUAUGAAGGGAAUAAUGAAAGUGGACGAAGCAAAACAAGUAUGUAAGGAUUGUAGCAAGUGGAAAGAACUGGUCUCUGCCUACCCCUACGGGAAAGAGGCGUGAUUAUAUGUAUGUAUGUAUGUAUUAUUCCCAUAUUUUAAAAAUAGUGCACUAUUAUCACAUCCAGUUAUUCUUUCGACAUGUGUUUCAUUAUCAGGUUGAGCAUAUGCUAGGUACACUCUUAUUAUUUAGCUACUGAAUCAAUCAAUCAAUCAGUCAAUCAAUAAGCAAAUCAAUGAAACAAAUAUUAUAUUAUUAGCUUAAGCUUAUUUAAAUAUAUCACUUAAUUCACAUACAAUUUGCUUUAGCUAGUCUGUUUUGUUUAAUAGACACAAACUCAAUGUUGAGCCAUUGCGCCACUGAGCCAUCAUGGAAAUCUUGCUUCAGCACAGAGAUAUUAUUGUGUGCUAAUAAGUGCAUACCAGAAAGGCACACUUGACCUAACCAUCCCAUGCCCAACAUUCAUGUGAAAUGAAAAUGAAGUUAAUUUCAUCAUUAUUAUCUGAUAAUAAUGAUGAUUCAUUAUAGCCUAUUAAAAGCCUCCCAAUCACCAUGCUGUCUUUCUAGGUCAUCACUCUAUACAGUGGGGAUGCUGUAUGAUUAUAGAGCAUCCCCACUGUAUAAAGUGAUGCAACUUAUAGCUUACAGCUUUGUACCAGUAAGUUGACUAACUUACUGGUAUAAAGAUGCCACUUGAAAACUCCCUAUCAGUUGUUGGUUUUUCAAGCUUUGUGAUGUCCAAUUGCUACUUCAAUUUACUGAUGCAUUAGGUAUUUUAUUAUGGUUCUACAGUGUAUUAAUAUAAUAUCUUUGUUAUGGAUUCUAUCACACCUUCUAAUUAUAUCAUUAUGUGAGCAGGAAUAAUAUGAUUUCAUUUCACACUCCCCUUUCCACUAUUCGACAAUUGGAAGAUUUUUGGGUGUCCAGUUUGGGAUUUUGGGUGUUUGGAUUUGAACCAAAAAGCUUACUUCGUCUUUUGAAAUGCAUAUAGUAAAAAAAGUAGAAUAUUUUGCCAGCAUUUGUCUGGUUCUAUUCAAGGCAAAGGUGAAUAGGUUUUUGUUAUACUAAAGCAGUGCAAUUUAUUACCUAAGAUUUUAUCAUUACUUAACACCAAUGUUGGAUUUUAGGCGCUGGCUUAUAAUAGCGUGGAUGCCCCUGAUACCAAUUUCGCCUCUAAAAGUAUAUUAAUAAAAUUUUAUUUCUCGGACAACUAGAAUCCAUGAGUGCUAGUAAAUUAAAAAACUUAAAACUAUUGUUAGUACCUAAUACUAAGAGUGAUUUAGUGAGCCUGCAUAGGUGCUUGACAAGUGAACACUGUUGGCGUUAGCCUUCAGAACAUUAUUUCGGCUGCUGCGAAGUCGCCGUUAUAAAAAAAAGAAUCCUGUAAUAUAAGGUGUUAUUAUCAGACAUUUGUUGUAUAUAGAAAAUAUAAAGGUGUCCUUUACCAUCAUUUAUCAUACCUAUCAUACCUUUAUCAUACCAUUACCUUUCAUUAUCUUUAGAGAAUGACAAAAGCAAAACAAUAAUGAAUAAUUUAUAAUAAAUCAAUGUGCAACAUUUUUUAUCACAGUUGAAAGAAAAUAGAACUUCUAAAAACAAAAACAUGUUAAGUAUGCAGUAAUAAAUUAAAAUUAAAUUAUUAUUCUUAUCUGUUUUAAUUCAUAUUUCAUGGUAUGCAUGAUUUAAGAUUAGAACUUGUUACGAAUUUAUUACAGUGUCUAAAAUUUAUCUACAAUAGGUACAUACCAAAAACUUAAAGGGUGACUGGAGUUUGGCCCAAUUGCUAUUGAAAUAAUAUGAUUCUAAUUUAAGGUUCAUUACAUUUUUGGAUACAUAACCUAUCAAGUAAAACAAGUGUUUAAAAAUAUUGUGCUAUUAUUAAAAUUCCACAAAUUUUCAAAGUUGAAUUUGUACUAAAGGCUGGUAUUAAGGGCAUCCACCCCCUGUAAGAAGAU